CAGAAACGAAAACUAAAUCAUGGCAGGUGCAGACUGGGGAUAUGAUGGCAAAAAUGGUCCUGAUCAAUGGAGCAAGCUGUAUCCCAUUGCCAAUGGAAACAACCAGUCUCCUAUUGAUAUCAAAACCAGUGAGGCCAAACAUGACACCUCUCUGAAACCUAUCAGCAUCUCCUAUAAUCCUGCAACUGCCAAAGAAAUUAUUAACGUGGGACAUUCCUUCCAUGUAGUUUUUGAUGACAGCAGUAACCAAUCUGUUCUGAAAGGUGGCCCUCUCUCUGAGAACUAUCGCCUCACCCAGUUCCAUUUUCACUGGGGCAACUCCAAUGACCAUGGCUCUGAGCAUACUGUGGAUGGAAUCAAAUAUUCGGGAGAGCUUCACCUAGUUCACUGGAAUUCUGCCAAGUACUCCAGCGCUGCUGAAGCCAUCUCAAAGGCUGAUGGGCUGGCAAUCCUUGGUGUUUUCAUGAAGGUUGGUCCAGCCAACCCAAACCUGCAGAAAGUUCUUGAUGCCAUAAACUCAGUUAAAACUAAGGGAAAACGAGCUCCAUUCACAAAUUUUGACCCAUCCUGUCUCCUGCCUUCAUCCCUGGACUACUGGACCUACUUUGGCUCCCUGACUCACCCUCCUCUUCAUGAAAGUGUGACCUGGUUCAUCUGCAAGGACAGCAUCAGUGUCAGCCCGGAACAGCUGGCCCAGCUCCGUAGCCUCCUGUCAAGUGCAGAGGGAGAGCCAGCUGUUCCAGUUCUGAGUAACCACCGGCCACCCCAGCCCCUGAAGGGCAGAAAAGUAACAGCAUCAUUCUAA